AUUGAAUGAUGAAAUCAACGGCAAUUCAAUCACUCUGAAAAAAAAAACAGAGCACCUAAAUUUUACCGUUAACAACCCACCGACACCCUUUGUGGUAGAAAAUCGCUAUCUCCAGAUCAUCUCUUCUCCCUCCAUUAUUCUACUAAAAGACCUGCUCUCUCAAAUUCAUUGAAAUUUAUGCAAAAAAAAAUAAAUAAAUAAAGAAAUCCCCAAUUUUUUGUUUUUACUCUUCCGAUCUCUUCUGGGUACAUUUCAAGAAAACAAAAACAUAAGAAAGGCGCGAUCUUGAUUUCGAUUUCUUUGAAUUAACCCUUGUUCUGCAUUUUUUCCAAUUUUCGGCGCAGGUGAAAGGAAAAAAAGAAAAAAGGAAUUCCGACCAUGUCAAACGGCGUCGUUUCGAGCAAUCCGGAUCCCAUUUCGACCGAUUCGCUGAAGGUGUUCAUAGGUUACGAUCCGAAGGAGGAUCUCGCGUACGAGGUGUGCAACUACUCGCUGUCGAAAAGGGCUUCGAUCCCGAUUCAGGUUUCCGCCAUCAAGCAAGGCGAGCUCCGGCAGAAGGGGGUUUACUGGCGGGAAAGGGGCAAAUUGGAGAGCACCGAAUUCUCCUUCUCCCGUUUCUUGACCCCGUAUUUGGCCGACUACAAAGGCUGGGCAAUGUUUGUUGACUGCGACUUCCUCUACUUGGAUGACAUCAAGAAACUGGCCGAUUUGGUCGAUGACAAGUACGCGGUCAUGUGCGUUCAGCACGACUACACCCCCAAGGAAACGACGAAGAUGGACGGUGCGGUCCAGACCGUGUACCCUAGAAAGAAUUGGUCUUCGAUGGUUUUGUACAAUUGCGGGCACCCCAAGAAUCGGGUUCUUACGCCGGAGGUUGUUAACAAGGAGACGGGGGCUUUUCUGCAUAGGUUUCAGUGGCUGGACGACGAUGAAAUCGGUGAGAUUCCGUUUGUGUGGAAUUUUCUCGUGGGACAUAAUAGGGUUGUUGAUGGGGACGAGAGCACUUUCCCCAAGGCGAUUCAUUAUACGCUCGGUGGGCCGUGGUUUGAGCAGUAUAAGGAUUGCGAGUUUGGCGAUCUUUGGUUGAGUGAGUUGGAUGAGUAUCGGAAAGAUUCUUUGAAGAAGGCGGAAUCUUAGAUUCGAUUGGUAUUCGAUGUGCCGUUUUUAUUGAUAACGGUCGUGUGUUGUUCCACAUUUAUUUCGUGUUAUUUUUUUUUUCUAAUUAGUGUUUUCGCAUUGUUUGUUUGUGAUAGUUUCGAUUAAUCGAGAAUUCUUGGGAUUGGAUUAUUGGGUAUUUGUAUUUUGGUGAAAGAAGUUCGGUGUUAGUGCGAUUUGCUUGUUCUUGAGCGAAUCUUGUUUGUAAGCAAAAAAAUUGUUCGUCUGAAAGUUAAACUCUGGUUAUACGACAAAGUUUGUUAGUUUGGACGAUUU